AGUUCUCCCUUUUUUCAUCCUGCGCCCUCCUUUUUGCUCCUUUUCCCCUUUUUGGAGCAAUGAGAAAUGUUGCAGAGAUCUUAAAAUUUUGAGGUAGUGUUUUCUCUCUUGGAUGAUCUUCAUCCGAAGUUUCCCUAUUGAAUUGGUAUUUCCUUCUUGAUUUCAAUUUUGUAAGUGCAGUAGAAGUUUAAUGAAUGGUGCUUUCCAAUCUAGUAGCUUGCGGGCAGCAUUCUCGUACUGCGUACAGCAAGUGCGAAACUAUGAUUACCACCACUACCUUUGUCUUCUUGAGCUUCCUCCUAACAUGCGGAAGGCUGCUUUUGCAAUCCGCACCUUCAACAUCGAAACAGCCAGAGCUAUGGAUGUUGCUUCUGACCCCAAGAUUGGUCUUAUGCGCCUGGUCUGGUGGCAAGAAGCCAUUGACAAAAUCUACGACAAAAAGACAAUCGAACACCCAACGGCACAGGCGCUCUCCUCAGUGAUACACGAGAACAGAAUCACCAAGGGCUGGCUGAAACGGUUAGUACAAGCUCGGAUCAAUGAUGCAAGGAGGGAGGUCACUGAAAUCCCUGAAAAAAUCGAAGAGUUGGAGCGAUAUGCUGAAGAUACUGUAUCAACUAUUCUUUACACAACGCUGCAAGCUGGCGGUAUCAUGUCCACUGCAGCUGAUCACGCAGCAUCACAUAUUGGUAAGGCAAGCGGCCUUCUUUUGCUAAUCAAGUCGCUGCCUUACCAUGCUAGCCGCAACCGCCAUUUUUCAUAUAUACCGAUUGAGGUAGGUAAAAAGCAUGGAUUACUAGUUGAACAAGGAGGUCGAUCAGAAAUACAAUUGGAUUCUCAGGAAAACCUACGCAAUGCGGUGUUUGACAUGGCGUCUAUUGCUAACGUUCAUCUUCAGAAGGCUCGAGGGUUAGCAGGAACCGUGCCUGCUGAGGCUCGUCCGGUGCUGCUGCCAGCCGUGCCUGCCCAAGUUUUGUUGGACUCUCUGAGACGGGUGCAUUUCGAUGUGUUCGAUCCAAGGUUAGCAAAAGGGAUCCUCGGCUUGCCCCCCUUGUGGUUCCAGUUGAAAUUGAAGUGGCAUUCUUGGAGGGGUACAUACUGACUGUUUGUCUUUGCCCCUUUAUAAGUCAUAAAUUUCCAAGUGGAUUUUGGCACUUUGCAUCUGAGAGUUAUGCUGAUAUGAUAACUUUGAUUCUUUGGUUUAUGUUUUUGGUUUUGUAAGCUUAG